AGAUCCAAGUUGGUGUCGCGCAGAACCAUUGGCGGAGUCCACGGAACUCCCUCUCCCCAGCCGUAUAAAGAGCUGUGCCCGCUCAGCUCCUCCACCACCACAUCCGACUCUGAUUUCCUGCAGAGGAGCAAAGUCAGGGGCCGCCAUGGUCAAGUUUCUGCUGCUGGCUUUGGCGCUGGGUCUGGCUCACGCUCAGCUGGAAGGAAAGUGGGUCACCACGGCCAUCGCUGCUGACAAUGUGGACAAGAUAGAGCAGGAAGGGCCCCUGAGACUCUACCUCCGUGAACUCACGUGUACCGAGGCGUGUAGUGAGAUGGCAGUCACGUUUUACGUCAAUGCGAAUGGCCAGUGUUCAGAGACCAAAGUCGUUGGGUACAGGCAAGAAGACGGCAAAUUCAGAACCCAGUUUGAAGGUGACAAUCGAUUUGAACCCGUGUCCGCAACACCAGAGAACAUCGUCUUCACCAGCAAGAACGUGGACAGAGCCGGCCGGACAACCAGCCUGAUUUUUGUUGUUGGUAAGAACGGGCGUGGGUUUUCUGGUGGAUGCAGAGAAGGACCCUGA